AUGGACACCAAGCGCUGCUUCGCCAACCGCUUCGAUGACUACCAGGGCAGUCUGCUGGCGGGCCAGUGCGAGGAGGCGGUGGCGCCCUUGGUCACCGCCACCAUCGAGCGCAUCCUUCAGGAGCUGCCCCCGCUCGGGGGCGGCGCUGAGGCCCGGGGGGCGGCGGCCGCGGCCAGCAGCUGCCAAGGCGGGUUGUACGGCGGCGUGGCCGGGGUGGCCUACAUGCUCUACCACGUCUCGCAGAGCCCGCUCUUUGCCGGGGCCCGGGAGCGCUACCUGCGCUCGGCCAAGCGCCUCAUAGACGCGUGCGCCCGCGCCGAGGAGUGGGGCGAGCCGGACGCCGACACCCGCGCUGCCUUCCUGCUCGGGGGAGCGGGCGUGUACGCCGUCGCCACGCUCGUGUACCACGCCCUGGGCCGGUCCGACUACGUGCAGCCGCUGGGCAAGUUCCGGGCUCUGUGCGCCGUCUGCGCGCCGGUGUCCUUCCUGGAGUGCGGCUCCGACGAGCUGUUCGUGGGCCGCGCGGGCUACCUGUGCGCCGCGCUGGUGCUCAAGCAGAAACUCGCCCAGGAGGUACUGACCCCAGCACAGAUCAAAUCAAUUUGCCAGGCGAUUCUGGACUCUGGGAAGCAGUAUGCCAUGAAAAAAAGGAAACCAUUCCCUCUGAUGUAUUCUUACUACGGAACUGAGUACUUGGGAGCAGCUCAUGGCCUGUCGUCCAUUCUCCAGAUGCUUCUGUCUUACCACGAGCACCUCAAGCCCUCUGAUCAGGAGCUGGUGUGGCAGAGCGUGGACUUCCUCAUGGAGCAGGAACAGAACUGCAACUGGCCGCCUGAGCUCGGCGAGGCCAUCGAGAGAGAGAACGAGCUGGUGCACUGGUGCCACGGCGCCCCAGGAAUUGCCUAUCUGUUUGCCAAAGCUUAUCUGGUUUCCAAAAAACCACAGUACCUGGACACCUGUAUCCGGUGUGGGGAACUUACGUGGCAGAAGGGCCUGCUGAAAAAGGGGCCAGGGAUUUGCCACGGUGUGGCCGGCAGCGCUUACGUCUUCCUGCUGCUCUACCGUCUCACCGGAAACUCCAAAUACAUCUACCGGGCGCAAAGGUUUGCUGAGUUUUUAUUUACGGAGGAAUUCAAGGCCGGCUCUCGUGUCCUUGAAAGUAUAUACAGCUUGUAUGAGGGAUUCUCCGGGACGGUGUGCUUUCUGAUCGAUCUGCUGCAGCCCAAUCAGGCUGAGUUCCCUCUCUUCAGCGUCUUUGUCUAGAAGGCUCCAUCUCCCACUGUGGCCCUGCAGAAGGUCCCUGAGAUUUCCCGAGCCUACCCGAGGCAGUUUCCACAUAAGCCACAUUCAAUGGUAUCACAACCAUGAGCCUUAACAUUGCCGCCAGAAGGAAGGAAGGGAAGGAGAAGGCAGGUGAAGGCAACAUGAUACCAGACGGAAGGAAGAACAGUUUGAGAACCUGCAGAAUUAAGACCCCACAGCUCUUCUAAACACCGUAGAGACUUAAAGUUUCAGGGAAUAGUUGUGAAACCAGAGAUCAGAGGAAAAAAGGAAAGAGAAAUCAUCCAUUUUUCAGUUAUGGCAUAGAAAACAAAGCUGAAAUGUGGACUAUGUCGAUAAGAUGCCAGUACUUUUGCAACUGGAAAGAGAAUUUGGCCAUUUGUGGGUGCCCUCCACCCCUAAAUUCAGAAAUAAACACAAUAAAAAACCAAAGUAAUUGCCCAGCUGAAAAUUGCUAGGAAAGAUAAAAUGUCAGAUUGCUGAAGGACAAAAAAGGAAACUCUUGGUUGUCCUAGGCCUUUACUUAUUCAAAUUCAGGUUUUUACUGAAUGGAGAAAUUUGCAGAUGAAUCUCUAUCUUUAA